AUGCAAAUCGAAAAUAUCAUCAAAGACCUUCCUCUAGCGCCACCGCCGCCUCCACCACCACAACCGCCAGUGCUCCCUCCACCGCCUCCACCAGGUCCUCCAAUACCAGCAGCAGAGUUGCUCGGAAUUCCAACAGAUUUAGCUCCACACUUCCCUUCUCAACUAUUGCAGCUGAAAUGGCAGCUCUUCUGUGUGCAGAAGAGUCAACAAGAACUUGCCAGUGCAAUUCUUCAAUUAAGUAGCAUGAUUUUAGUUAACUCCUCGCCACAGCUCAAUCCAUCCCUCCAACAAACACAGCAAAACUUACCUUUGGGUUUUGCGGACAGCAAACCGCCCUGGAAACGCAGAUGGAACUCCAAAGAACGGGGUUCUAGUAGUGCAUCUAAAUACGCCAUGACGUCACAGACUCAAGCAAAGUCAAAAGCUCCAUUGAGCCUUGUUCCCUGUCAGUGCAACGUUUGUCAGAAGAAUGAUGCCGUAUCAGUGUUACCAAAGCAAUCAGAUCCAAUUAAUCAGAGUCCACUCGAUUUAUACGUCUCCUACUUUCUAAACAGUCUCGAGAACAGGCAACUUCCACUUCCACCGACGUUAGCACCACCGCAACAGGAUAUUGGACGGACUUCCAUUCAUCAACAGGAGAAGCCACUGGAUCUUGCCACUCAUUCCCGCUCACGUCCAGCGAAAAUUGAGCUCACUGGUGACCUAGGACGUCCUCGACCUUCAUUUAGUCAACCAGCGAUUGGGGAGGCGACCUCGGAGUUGAUCACCUCUCCAAAUAGUCUUAACCUCUCACCCACGCGUGACUCCUCACCCCUAUUCCUCUUUCACAAAUCCCAUCCAGACGGAAAAAUCAACCAUGAACAAGCUUUUGACGACAUCUUGCAGUUGGAAGCAGCUGCAGCUUCGACAGGUGGUUUCAAACCUGCAUGGACACACCCCAACAAUCUUACAGAGAGGGAUAGAGCUGUGGUGAUCUUGAAUCCCAACGAACCGAGGGAAAUGUUUGUUGGUGGAGAGGCGAAAGUGCGGCUACCAGUGUGGGCGUACAAGAAAUGCGUCUACAUGGUAGGACGAGAACAAAAACGUCCGGCAGCAAGAUUGUGUCUCUGCUUGCUUCAAUCCCUCUUCAGCCUGCGGUAUCUAGUUAGCCACAACUAUAGUGGAUCAAGACAGAAACGUCCAAUCGACCCAGUCGUCAUGAAAGCAGUCCUAAGGCAAGCAAUGAUGCAGUUUAGCAAAAGUGAUAACGUCCUUCCCGGGACAGAAUUCUCCCAAGGUAAACUGCGAGACUACCUCAACAAUGCUUUUCGCGUAAUGGCGUUCCGAAGAAGACGUGGUGAUCGGGUCAAAUCACCUUUUUGGAAUGACGCUGGAGAACCGAUUCUCAGCUUGGAUCCGCCCAAAGAUUUUCGUCUAAAUGACAUCAUUCUAACAAAAAUUCUUCCCCCUUUUCGAUAG